AUGGCAUUCAAGGUGCGUCCCUCGCAGCAUGCAGGAUCCUCCACCCAGGCGAAAUCCACCUUGUCGGCGACAGCCGCCGCCGCACUCGAUAGGGAACUGAUGAGUAGCUGUGCCUUCUCUAUCGACCAACUUAUGGAGCUCGCAGGCCUUUCGGUUUCCCAAGCUGGUGGCGAUGGCCUCCCGGCCGAAUAUGGCAAGGUGAACACGGCAGAAAAUGCUUCACGUCGGAGACUCGUCAAGCAACUCAGCGACCUGAACGUCCAGUUUGUUGAAGAUUUUUCGGAAGCGUUGAAAGUGUCCGAUCAUGUCGUAGACGCAAUAUUCGGCUUUAGCUUCUCUGGAGAAGUUAGAGAGCCGUUCCCCGCCGUUAUUCGAGCUCUUCAGGAAACUAAAUUGCCUGUAACGUCUGUCGAUGCCCCGUCGUCCUGGGAUAUCGAAAACGGACCGCCAAACAACGGUCUUGGAAGCACUUUCCACCCAGACGUUCUCGUUAGCCUCACAGCCCCGAAGCCCCUUGUUAAGCACUUCGCGGGAAGACAUUUCAUCGGGGGAAGAUUUGUUCCGCCGGGUAUUGCUCAGAAAUAUGAUCUCGACCUACCAGAGUAUGGAGGGAUUGACCAGGUUGUCGAAGUCGGUGCCAACGGCCAAAGGCUGUAA